UGAUAUUUCUGUGCUUGCCAUACCACAUCGCCCUCUCAAGUCCCAAAAUCAAAAAACACUGAAGCGCAAGAAUAACAAGACUAGAACACCAUGGUUUGCUUUUGUUUUCUUGUUGAUCAGACCCGGAAGGUGAGAAGAAGCAAGCCGGCAGCCGGAAUUUGUUCAAGGUGUGGUGGUGGAGCAAGUGUAGCUGAUAUGAAAACUUGUACAAGAUUUUGCUAUGUGCCAUUUUAUUGGAAAUCUUGGAGAGCUAUCAUGUGUACUUUCUGUGGAGCUGUACUCAAAUCUUACCACUGAAUUAUUUUGUUUUAGAGGACUUCUAGCGUGGUAUUUCUUUCCUACUUAGUUUAUAGAAUUUUAAUUAAGUUCUGUAUGCUUUGGAGUUAAUUAUAUAAAACUUCCCUCUUCUGUUUGUACCAUUUUGUAAUGUGAAAUUUGCUUGAGGAAAUCGUAGAAAGCAGCAUUGUUCUUUAAAAAAAAAAAGGAAAAAAAAGAGAGUUACAGAGAGCUCCUUCCCAAGAGGGAGAUGUGCAAUUUUUUCCUUGUUUGCACCAAAAAAAUAUAAGACAAUGGUUUGGUCUGCAGUCCUGCAGUUUGUGCAGGAUUUGUAAUAAAUUUACAGGUGGAAAGCUUUUAUUAGGAGGAUGGAGAUGGCUGAACAGUGAUGCCUCAUCAAGUGGAAAGGACAUGGAAGGUGAAGUGUUGGUGAUGCCGAUAGCUAUAUGAAUGUAUGGAGUCUGUUUUCAGAAAUAAAUGAAGUGUGAUUGAACCUUCCAUUGACCUAAAA